AUGUCCUUCACAACACCACUCAAGCCAAACAACGAUUUCAUGAACACGCCCGAAGCGAAACUGGAGUUGCACGCAGACGUGGUAACGCCAGCCAACCAGGGUCCUCUUGACGAUGAUUCUCCUUCCCCUUCUAAAAGAGUGAUCCAGCCAUUACAUCCUUUAUCUCAAAACAAUCAAAAUAAGCUGCUUAGUGACGAAAAACUCAAGCCUAAAUGGGGUCAGGAGAAACUGAAGUUUCACUCUCCCAGCGAUAAGUUCUCGUUGUCACCCAUAAGUUCCAAACUGCUGAACAACAAGAAAUUCAUGUUCCUCAAUAAGCUGCUUUAUGACAAAAAACAGAUGCCAAAACAAGAGCCCGGAAAGCCGACGGAGGAUUCUGCCACCAACAGUUUGAAGUUGAAACUGGAGGCUCUGAGUUUGAAUGAAUGA